GUGGGGUGAUGGAGAACUGGACCAGCUCAUGGGGGAUAAGGGGGAACUGGGCCAGUCUGGGGCUAUGAGAAGGGAACAGACCAGUUUGGGGGAGAUGAGGAAGAACUGGACCAGUUUGGCUGGAGAGGGGAAGGUGACCUGGACUGGUUUGGCUGGGGUGUGGUUGAUGCGGAGCAACCCAGUCGGGCCGGGGGUCGAGGGCCUCGCUCAGGCCAGGCGAGAGCGGGGCCGGUGCGUUCCGAGGAGCCUCUGCCGCUCCGUGCGGGGUCACCGAGCACGGCCCAUCGGCGCGGACCCCCAACUCCGGGUAUCCUUGGCCGCAGCCCCUUUAAGUCUGGAGGAGGCGGGGCCCGGCAGGCGACGCGGAUUGGCUGGGAGCGGGGAGGCGGUGGCAGCGGGAGCGUGGCCAUUGGCGGGGGCGGCGGGCGCUGAGUCAGCGGGCGGAGCCCACGUGGUGCGGGCGGGGCGGAGGAUGCGGCCGCGGCGGCGCCCGGGGGCAGCGCUGCUGCCGCUGCCGGCCCGGCGGGGGGGCCCGGGGCUGGGGGGGGCCCUGCUGGGGGCCGCCCUCCUCGGGGGGGUCCUGCUGGCGGCUGCCCGUGCUCACCCGGAGCGGGACGCGGAUGGGGCCGAGCCCUGCCGCGCCUGCCGCGGCCUCGUCGACAGCUUCAGCAGGGGCCUGGAGCGGACGGAGCAUGAGGGCUUUGGUGGGGGCAACACAGCCUGGGAGGAGGAGAAGUUGGCCAAGUACCAGCACAGUGAGACGCGUCUGCUGGAGGUGCUGGAGAGCGUCUGUGCUCCCUCAGACUUCACCUGCCACCAGCUGUUGGAGCGGAGCGAGGAGCACGUGGAGCGGUGGUGGUUCCACGAGCAGCACCAGCACCCCGACUUCUUCCAAUGGCUGUGUAUGGACACAUUGGCGCUCUGCUGCCCACCUGGCACCUACGGCCCCGACUGCCGGCCCUGUGCGGGGGGGCCCCAGCAGCCCUGCAGCGGCAACGGGCGAUGCGAUGGUGAUGGCACGCGCCGUGGCACCGGCCUGUGCGUCUGCAGCCCGGGCUACGGAGGCCCCUUCUGUGCCGAGUGCGGUGAUGGCUACUAUGAGGCCUCGCGAAACAAGAGCCACCUGAUAUGUGCUGAGUGCUACAGGGCGUGCGGGCGCUGUACGGGGCCGGAGGACUUCAGCUGCCUUCGCUGCAAGAGGGGCUGGGUGCUGCACGAGCACCGCUGCAUCGACAUCGAUGAGUGUGGCACGGAGAUGGCGCACUGCCGAGCCAACCAGUUCUGCGUCAACACAGAGGGCUCCUACGAGUGCCGAGACUGCUCCACGGCCUGCAUUGGUUGCAUGGGUGCGGGGCCGGCUCGCUGCAAGAAAUGCAACAAGGGCUACUGGCGGGAUGGAGCCAAGUGCCUGGAUGUGGACGAAUGCGCCAACGCCGAGGAGCCGGUGUGCACAGGGGCACAAGAGGUGUGCGAGAACACGGAGGGCAGCUACCGCUGCGUCUGCGCCCGCGGCCACGUCCGGCGCGAUGGGCAGUGCGUGGAGGACAAGCCCCCAGAUGCCCCGGAGAAGGGCUUCUUUGACGACGUGACAGAGGAUGAGGUGGUGGUGCUGCAGCAGAUGUUCUUUGGUGUGAUGAUCUGCGCCCUUGCCACGCUGGCUGCCAAGGGCGACAUGGUCUUCACUGCCAUCUUCAUCGGUGCCGUGGCUGCCAUGGCUGGCUACUGGCUCUCCGACCGCAGUGACCGCGUCCUCGAUGGCUUCAUGAAGGGCAGAUAGUGCUGGGGCUGCUGGGCACGGGUCGGGGGACAGGCUCAGCCUGGGGUCUGAGGUACCCCCCCAGCAGGUGCUGGCUGCUGAGGCUGGAUCCUGUGCGCGGUGCUGUGCCCUGCAUGCGUCCCCCAGCCCCUUUGGUGCAGGGUGUCACCUCCCUCCUGCAGAACGAGCCACGGGGGGUGCCUGGUCCCCAGGGGCUCCCGCGCAGCCCCUCCCGCCAGCACAGUGAUGCUGAGCAGUGCGGCACUGCCGGUGGGCACAGCAUGCUGCCCCCAGCCCUGCUGCUCAGGAGGGGAAGUCCUGCACCGUGGCGGGUGGGAGGGCAUGGGGGCAGGUCGGGGGUGCUCUGGCACCACUGGGUGCUGAGGCGGUGAUGCUGGCAGAGCUUGGCCCUGCAGCCAGACCUGCUGUCCGCCCGUGAGACUGUUCUCUGUGGGGCAUUGUGGGGCUGGGGUCCCCUCUGCCCUGAGCUGUGGGGCUGGGAGAGUUGCCCCCCCCAACCCCUCCUCCCUGCACCCCUGGGCAGAGCCCAUCUCUCCCCUCCCAACCUGGGGGGACCAGGGAGGGGCUCCUGCGGGGAAGGGCAUCCCAAGGAUGGGGGGGCCCUUCCGGAUGCAUGAGCGUGGCUGUUGCAUUUGUCUGUGGUUUGUCCGUCGGGGUGUGCCCAUCUGUCUGUGUGUCCAUAUCUCAGGAAAUAAAGCUCUGCACACCCA